GAAGCAUGCAGGAAAAACUAGCAGGGGAGUUUGAAGUGAUGGAGUAGUACUCUCAACCAGCAGGCUCAUAUUUUCUGCAGCCUCGUAAAUGGGAGGAGGAAAAUGACAGCAACCUGAGAGCUAAAACCUAGGGAGCUUCUUCUCCGAUGCUCUCUGCACAGCUUGGAGGCAAGGAGAAGACCCUGAUUGACAGAUGUUGGGGAAUGACCCAAACACAGCGCAAAAGGGUUUUAUGAAGUGACUGCACCCUCCCUUCCAGAAGUGAACAAAUUAUAGUCUGGAAAGCAUUGAAUAUAUAUCAUUCUCUUCAUUGUCUGCAGGUGGUUCCAUGGGGAUCAAAGCACAGCAGCCUAAUAGUUCAAAGUACUUUUACUUCUGUUUUUGAUGCAGAACAGGGAACAAGAGAUGUGUUCUGUAUAUAGACGAAGCUUGUUCCAAGAGUUAAUCAGCUUCCAUUUCAAACACGAGAAGUUAGGCUUUAAAUAGUGUAGAAGCAGAUGAGUGUGUCAUAUACAGAAGACCUGCAGUUCAUAAGGAUUGUGUACUUUGAACACCGAGGACCACUUUUCUUUAACUUUUCUUUGUUUUGAUUUGCGCCAGCAUUUUUGUUUAGAGCCCGACGCCAUUCGACUCCAACUGAUCCAAGAAAAUUAACGAGGCCCAUCUAUCAUUUCUUUCUCCAAGACCUUCUUCACGUCACAAGUCAUUCCAGAACAUGUUUCCAUCUCGGCCAAGCUUGUGUCCUUAUUUACUGGCAAUAUCAUCUGAAGAACAAUAAGUGAAGAGAGUAGGGAGAUAUGGCAAACUCCUCUGAGGGUGGAGAACCGAAUGUCACGUUCAAUGGCACCAGCCCUUCCUGCUGCAGAGACAAUGCUACGAGCAUCAACCUCACCUUCCAUGAACAGUCUCCCGAUUUCUAUGUUGUCCUCCCAGUCAUCUAUUCUGUGAUCUGUGCUGUGGGUCUCACGGGCAACACGGCUGUCAUCUAUGUGAUCCUCAAAGCCCCUAAGAUGAAGACUGUAACCAACAUGUUUAUCCUCAACCUGGCCAUUGCCGAUGACCUGUUUACACUCGUCCUUCCCAUUAACAUUGCAGAACAUCUGCUGCACUACUGGCCCUUUGGGGAGAUCCUUUGCAAAAUCAUCUUGUCUAUAGACCACUACAACAUUUUCUCCAGCAUCUACUUCCUCACUGUGAUGAGCAUAGACCGAUACCUAGUGGUCCUAGCUACCGUCAGGUCUAAACGCAUGCCCCAUCGUACCUACCGGGCAGCCCGCAUCAUCAGCUUUGGGGUUUGGUGCUUGGUCACUCUCAUUGUCUCCCCGUUCUUUGUCUUUGCCAACGUCUAUAAAGAUGACUUGGACAUCACCAGCUGUGGGCUCAAUUUCCCCAGACCAGAAAGGUUUUGGUUCAAAGCCAGUAGGAUCUACACCCUCAUCUUGGGCUUCGCCAUUCCUGUGUCCACCAUCUGCAUCCUCUACUCUGUGAUGUUGUACAAACUGAGAAACAUGCAUUUGAACUCAAAUACUAAAGCUCUAGACAAGGCCAAAAAGAAAGUCACAAUCAUGGUGUUCAUUGUGCUAGCCGUGUGCCUUUUCUGCUGGACGCCGUUCCACCUGGCCACCAUUGUGGCUUUGACCACUGACUUGCCCCAGACCCCUGCGGUUAUAGGCAUCUCCUACUUCAUCACUAGCCUGAGCUAUGCCAACUCUUGCUUGAAUCCAUUCUUGUAUGCCUUCCUAGAUGACAGCUUUCAGAAGAGUUUCAGGAAGAUGUUGGAGUGCAGACCUGCAUAAAAUACGAUCUGUUCACCUCCGAUCCUUGCUUAGAUUCCUUUGCACUUUAACCUGACUUUUGCUGAAACUCUUAACAAACUUUUCAAGGUGUUUCUCCAAAGAACAUGAUGACUAUUUUUGUUGUUGUUCGUUAAAUUUACAAGCUGUUUAUAUGUUCUCUCUGUAAAGUUCAUUCUUGCAAUGCGCAUUCAUGGAUAUUUGUUAUUUUACUUACUGUUGCUUUGUUGAAUACCUAAUAUAUAUCGCUGAGAAAGAAAGCCAGAAAGAUCUACUUGUAGAAAUGUCAAGUUUGUGUUUCCUGGUCUACUUCUUCCCUCUGGUGGACAAAAAGAAAAUAAGGGCCAUAAUGGAAGCAGAGCUAGGAAGUGUCCUUAUGACCGGGAUUGGGCAGUCGGUGUAUUUAUGGUGUGUUUUUAAAAAGGCAUAUAUUCUGCCUUCCAGCUCACAAAGAGACUCCUUGAGGCAGUUCACAACACAAGCUAAAAAUACAGUGCAAAGCAACUUUACAAGAGCAAAGAUUGGUCAGAAACAGAGCCAGAGAAAAAGACAAGACAGGGGGUCAGAUUUUAAAUUGAAUCAAACACUUGGUGAAAUAAAGCUAU